CCAACAAUUACACAACAGCCACAAACAAUUACACAACAGCCUCUCCCAAUUACACAACAGGGAGCAACACAACUACAGCAAUAAGCAAUUACACAACAGCUUCUCCCAGUUACACAACAGGAAUCAACACAACUGCAGCAACCAGCAAUUACACAACAGCAUCUCCCAAUUACACAACAGGGAACAACACAACUGCAAUGACCAACAAUUAUACAACAGCUUCUCCAAAUUACAAAACAGGGAACAACACUAAUUCAGCCACAAACAAUUCAACAACAGCCUUUCCCAAUUACACAACAGAGAACAACACAACUGCUGCCACCAGCAAUUACACAACAGCCCCUCCCAAUUACACAACAUAUAAUAACACAACUGCACCCACGAACAAUUACACUACAGCCUCCAACAGGAACACAACAAGACAAAAUGCAAUUACAGCUUCUAACAAUCACACCACUGGAUAUAAUGCACCCACAAUUACUAAUAAUAACACAAUUGCCACAAAUAAUUCAACAACAGCCUUUCCCAAUUACACAACAGAAAACAACACCACUGCAGCCACCAACAAUUACACUACAGCCACAAACAAUUACACAACAGGGAGCAACACAACUGCAGUAAUAAGCAAUUACACAACAGACUCUCCCAAUUACACAACAGGAGUCAACACAUCUGCAGCAACCAACAAUUACACAACAGCCUCUCCCAAUUACACAACAGGGAACAACACAACUGCAGCAACCAGCAAUUACACAACAGCAUCUCCCAAUUACACAACGGGGAACAACACAACUGCAAUGAUCAACAAUUAUACAACAGCCUCUCCCAAUUACACAACAGGAAUCAACACAACUGCAGCAACCAGCAAUUACACAUCAGCCUCUCCCUAUUUCACAACAGGGAGCAACACAACAACUGCCACUAACAACUACACUACAGUCACACACAAUUACACAACAGCGUCUCCCAAUUUCACAACAGGGAACAACACAACUGCAGCCACCAACAAUUACACAACAGCCUCCCCCAAUUACACAAGUGGAAACAACACAACUGCAGCCACCAACAUUAACCCAACAGCCUCUCCCAAUUACACAACAGUGAACCACACAACUGCUGACACCAAUAGUUACACAACAGCUUAUCCCAAUUACACAACAGAGAACAACACAACUGCAGCCACCAACAAUUACACAACAGCCUCCCCCAACUACACAACAGUGAACCACACAACUGCUGACACCAAUAGUUACACAACAGCUUAUCCCAAUUACACAACAGAGAACAACACAACUGCAGCCUCCAGAAAUUACACAACAGCCUCUCCCACUUACAUAACAAAAAACAAUGUAACUACAGCCAGUCAAAAUUACACAGAAUAUAAUACACCCAUAGUCACCAACAAUUACACAGCCACUUCUGCCAAUUACAUAACAAACAACAACGUGACUACAACUGCCAAUAAUUUCACAACAGAGAACAACACAACUGCAGUCACCAACAAUUCCACAACAACCACAAACAAUUCCACAACAGCCCCUCCCACUUACAUGACAGAUUACAAUGUAACUACAGCCACUACAAAUUACACCACAACAUCUACCAAUUACAUAACAAACAACAAUGUGACUACAGCUGCCAACAAUUACACAACACCCUCUUACAGUAACUCAACAGGAUAUAAUAUACCCACAGUCACCAGUAAUUACACAACAGCCACAAAUAAUUACACGGCCACUUCAGCCAAUUACAUAACAGCGAACAAUGUAACUGCAGCCACCAACAGGAACACAACAGUCACAAAUAAUUACACAACAGCUACAAACAACUACACAUCAGUCUCUCCCAAUUACACAACAGUGAACAAUGUAACUACAGUUUCUAGCAACCACACAAUGGUUGAGAAUACGACAAUUACAGUAACUGCUGCAUCCACCAGGACAACACAACAGAACACAACAGCUCUUUACAAAAACACAACUGUGUCUACUACUACUACUGUCUCUUGGGCCAAUGUAACUGUAAAUAAUGCAACAACAUACAUGACUUCUUUUGGCAACAACACCACAAAACCAACAACAGCCCCGCUAAACAACCAAACCACAAAUCACACUACUCCUAGUGGGACCCACAGUGCCACAACAUCCACCAACAAUGACACCAGUGCCUCCACAGCUGCCAGUGGCAAUGUAACAUCUGGAGUCAGCUUCAACCAGAGUACAACCACAAGCAGAUUAUCCACCAACUCCACACUUACGACUACCGACCCGAGAGUUAAUUUUACAUCUACAGCCGCUAAUGCUUCUGCUACAACCGCAACCACCACUAUUACCACUACUACAAUGGUAGGACCUGAUAUGAACACCACUACUGCUGAGGUGUCCGCAACAUCUACAACAACUGGCACAACUGCUACCACCACCAGGACAACUGCAACCAGGUCUCCUGAGGCAUCCACAACAUCUACCAUCACUACGAAAACCACAGCAACAACAGUGAUCGGCACAGGGACUUCUGUUACAACAGUUGCAGGGACAACUUUAUCCCAAGAGGAACUAGAAACGCUAGCAGAUGAGCUGCUGGACCAAACACAGGACGUGUCACAGCUGACAUCCACUCGGGUGGCGGAUUUGGUUUGGGAUUUGGAGAAGCUAAUAGAUGGCCCCACUAUCUCUCAGUCAGUGGGACAAAAAGUCCUCAACAUUAUCAGCAACCUAUUGGAAGGAGACCCAGCAGUUCUUUCUUCCUUUGCUAACAGAUUGAUUGAAAUAGUGGAUAUUGUGGGUGUGAAGCUGGUUGUGUCUGGAGCCAAAGCCUCUGGAGUCAGAGCAUCUGGAGACAGAGUGGUCCUCUCUACAGAGUCACUGGUUCUGGCCGUCAUGACAGUGGACAAUACCAAUUUUCCAGCAACAUCUGUCGACAUCUUCGACACCGAUAAUGUCCAGCUCCAUGAUCACAGCAGGAGCCGGGUAAAGAGGUCAGAUUCUCCUGCUCUGGGGUCCGUGUUCUUGCCGUCCACCCUUACCUCAGGUCUUAGUCCUGAGCAGCAAAAAAAGGCCAGCAGGGUCCAGUUCACUUUCUACACCAAAAAUACCCUUUUCCAGGAUGAAUCGCUGGAGAACACGACCCUUGUCGGUCCAGUUCUGGGCUCCAGUGUCUACAAUUUGUCGAUAAGCAACUUGUCUGAGGACGUACAGUUUACCAUCCGGAACAUCGACCCAGUACCGGAAAACUACUCGGCCUCCUGCGUGUUUUGGGACUUCUCUCUGAACGGUGACAAAGGAGGCUGGAGCGCCGCCGGGUGUUUUGUUAUCAGCGCCACAGAGGAGGAAACCGUCUGCAGCUGCAACCACCUGACUUCAUUUGCAAUAUUGCUGGAUUUACCCAGAGAAGGAAUCCUUAGCCGCGAGCAUGCACAAAUCCUCACUUUCAUCACCUACAUCGGUUGUGGAAUCUCCGCCAUUUUUCUCGCCUUCACUUUGCUGACGUACCUUCUAUUUGAUAAAUUGCUCCGAGACAUUCCGUCCAAGAUCCUGGUCCAGCUCUGCAUGUCCCACUUACUCCUCAACCUCGUCUUCCUACUGGACGGCUGGCUGGCGCUGUACCCGGCAGUCGGGCUGUGCAUAAGCACCGCCUUCUUUCUGCACUACUUCCUGCUGACGACGUUCACCUGGACGGGACUGGAGGCGGUGCACAUGUACCUGACCAUCGUCCAAGUCUUCACACCUUACAUGAGCAGAUACAUGCUCAAGUUCUCGCUGAUGGGCUGGGGUAUUCCUCUCCUCAUUGUGAUCAUCAUAAUAGCCGUUAAUAAAGACAACUACGGUGUGGUCACAUAUGGACGAUACACAGAUGGCACCUCAGAUGACUUCUGCUGGCUGCGCAACGACAUCGCCUUCUAUGUGGGCGUGGUGGCGUACUUCCUCCUGAUCUUUGUCGUGUGCUUCGUGGUCUUCGUCGUCGUCAUGGUCCAGUUGCACCGAGUCAAGAGGCAGAACCCUCACAACCAGCCGGCGAACCGGGGUCUGCUGGCCGACGUGCGCAGCGUCACCGGCCUCGUGGUUCUGCUCGGCCUCACGUGGGGCUUCGCCCUCUUCGCCUGGGGACCCGCCUACAUCGCCUUCGUUUACCUCUUCACCAUUUUCAACUCUUUUCAAGGUUUCCUGAUCUUUGUCUUCCACUGUGCGAUGAAGGAGACGGUGCGCAGGCAGUGGAGGACUUACCUCUGCUGUGGGAGACUGCGAUUGGCUGAAAACUCAGACUGGAGUCGAACGGCCACGCAAAACAACAGGAACACGUCUCUGAACACGGGGAUCACCUCAGCUGCUUUCUCCACCUCUCGAAGCUCCUCCGUCACCACCAACUCCAGUGGCUCAGUGUUUGCAGACAGCGGCAUCUCCGUGGGCUCCAAUAGCGACGUCGUCCAUAACGAGCUCCACAGACGGACUCUGUCAGAGGAGAGCGAGGAGUGACGGCCGUGUCAAGAUGUUUCGCUCGUAAUGACCAUAAUUAUCCAACCGCUCACUGAGCCGAGAGGACACAGAGACGAGAGGUCUCUAACCCCAACGACACCAGGAGGAAAAAAAAAAAUAA